AUAGCAUACUUUCUGUCACUCGAAUGAUUUUUUUGGGGGGAAAUGGAAGUUAGUAAACUCACUGACUGUCCCGUUUAAACGAAUUCAUAUCCCCUUUAAUUCUGGCACGGUUCAUUUCAACGCGGGAUUUAAUUCGGCUUCUAUAAUGCAAAAAUACCAGCCUACUUUUGACAUUGGAAACAACACGUGGUCUGCAUUUUAGCCAUGUGGGACAAAGGGCACGAUGUGAAGUUAGACCACCAGGGCUGACUGGCCUACACACAAUAAAUCACUCUGGAAGAAGAAAAUACUUUAUCCUUCUGUUGAGCUAUCAUUUCUGGUCUACAUAAAUCUUUAUGACUUGGGUAAAGAUAAGGAAACCGUGUCUUAAAGUGGGUCUUCUGUGAGAUUCUGGCCAGUUGUCUGCAUGCAGGGAAUGACGACUCAUUUUAAGACGAGCAAAGCUUUAAAGGUCAAGAAGGAGGUGGGUGAGAAUGCCCCGGCGGUCAGCGAUGAUGAGUUGGUGGCCAUGUCCGUGCGGGAGCUCAACCAGCACCUGCGUGGGCUGACCAAGGAUGAUGUUGCGAAGUUGAAGCAGCGGCGACGGACCCUGAAAAACCGGGGCUACGCUGCCAGCUGCCGCAUCAAACGUGUCACCCAGAAGGAGGAGCUGGAGAGACAAAAGACAGAGCUGCAGCAUGAGGUAGACAAGCUAGCCCGCGAGAAUGCUAGCAUGAGGUUGGAGCUGGAUGCCCUGCGAGCCAAGUAUGAGGCCUUGCAAUGUUUUGCCCGGUCUGUGACCCGCGGGCCCCUCUCUCCAGGCAAGGUGGCCACCACCAGCGUCAUCACCAUCGUCAAGUCCACCAACCGCAACAACUCCAGCCCGUCCCCGUUCUCAACUCUCUCCUAGUGUUGACAGGACUGGGCUCUCCUUCUGCCUGGUCCUUCCCGGUUCCAACCCAGCCUGAACCCACUAAUCCUGUUCUGAAAGGACCCUCAGUAGAAAGACUGAGGGAUGGAAUACGAUGGCAAGCUCUAUGUGAUGUUAUGCUGCAUUCACAACUCUGUCUCCCUAUUUCUGUCUCUCUUACACAAUCUAAAUUGUCUGUGCACUGUGCAACCCCCCCAUCCUCCCAACCCCCCAGCACUGGCAGGGUACUGGGCCUCGGUGACCCUUCUUCCAUGACUGUUAGCAGAGAUUUGCUUUUUACUCCAGUGUAAAAAAGUAUUUGACAUGCCUUAACAUGGCAGCAUUGGCCUGGGACUGCUCUGAUGCUAUUGAGCAUAAAACUUGAGAUUUAAGUAGUACAUAUGUGACAGUAAAGCUAUUUGCAAAGCCUAUGCCAAAUCCCACUUUCUGUACGUAGAAGUGUCUCAAUGUAAAUUGAGCCUUUGAAGCUUUUCCCUUCAAAUGAUCAAUACAAGUUCUUAUAGAAUACUAACAUGUAGUUUGACACAAAGACGAGGAUGUGUUGUUCCAGCCUUGAGGUUAGGUGGACGCCCCAUUAAAGCCAAUUACCAGAGGUCUCCAACCAGUUGCCUUUAGGAGCAGCCAAACAUAUGUUUUCACUGAUUAGUUAGUCUUCUCUUUUGGAAGGUUCUAAGCCUUGAAAUCACCUGUUGUAGUGUUUGUUUGGAGUUUAAACUUGGCUACACAUGGCUCUCUAUGGCCCAUUUGGAGAGCACUGCAUUAUAUAGUUUGAUAACUGACCAGUGUUCAGCUAAAGGCCUCUACUCGUGAUGCGCUAUUGUUCAUAUUUCUGUCUUGGUUAUGCAGUUUUACUCGGUGGUCAUACCAAAUAGCUGUUUUAGUAUGUAGGGAAAGUAAUGCCAGAGAAUAGCAGUCAGUACACUCCAGUAAAGGCUUCCAUACUCCUGAUGGUCUAAUUUAAGAGUUUUGAAGGUUUAAAAGUUUAAAACUCAAUCAUUAGGCCAGAUUUUGUUUGCAAGUCUUUGCUAGACUAUAUCGACUCCACUUUUAAAAUAUUAUUACAAUAUGGCUAUUUGUGCCGUUUUUCGCCUACUGGCAACCACACAAAGAUUAAAAAUAAAAAAAACAUUUCUUACAUAUACGUCAGGUAAAUCAGCUUUUAAAGAAUUUAAUUUGCUGUAAUUAGGGCUCAUCCAUGGAACGCUUGAAAUGUGCUAGUAGUUUGAAGAGAAAUUGUUGGUUUUGUCAGUGAGGCUGAAAAGUGUAUAGUUAGCUCUGUUGUUUAAGGUGUUCGACAGGUGCUGCAAUGUGACUGUUGGUAUCUUAAUGGCCCUUUGACUAGAAAAAGUAUUCAUCUAAUAUUUUAAAAUGCAAAGGAGGUGAAUACUUGUUUUCCACAGAUUGAAAAUUAUAAUUUGGUUGAACAGGUAGAUUUGGGAAGAGUAAAAUGUAGAGUUGGAAAGUGAUCUUUGGGCCAGAUUUGUUUGGAUUCAAAAGAUCGGAUAUUGUCCAGAGUCUAUCAUUAUAUAGCACUUAAAUACAACUUUUAAGAUGCAGUAUAAAAGAAAACUUACAUGGGCAACUGAUUCAAGAAUUGGAGAAGAUUACAGAGGGUAUUCUUGCAUUACUGAUGUUAUUUGGGCUUAAUUACAUGAUGAUUAAAUGUGGUGUGACCACAUACUGUAAGGUAAAGCCUAAUGCAACUAAGGAUGGUAUGCUCUCUGAUAUGUAUGCCACAGCACUUACUGGGUGAUGUUUUGCCUCUUUACUUUAAACGGCACUCUUUCGUAAGUAAUCCAUAUUGGAUAUAGUGAUAAUGAGAGUGGUCCUUACAAGUGAAAUGCAAUUCAACUUACUUCCUGUAUAUUACAGACUACCGAAAUGAUAAAGCUCCCACUGCCUCAGUUGUCACUUUACAUUCAGAACUCCGUCCAAAUAUAAAUCAUUCCUACUGCUGGGUCAUGAGAAGUGCUGCUGCUGGUGUUGGUAACUCUAAAACAGUAGCUAUUAACUUUGCUUUUGACACACUCUUUUACAAGAGAACUCCUGACGCCCAUCUCUAAAAACAGUGGUGUCAUGACAACUAAAUGCAUUAAACACCUUGCACCUAUUGUACUUUUUCAGAUAUUUAAAUAUGAAAUUCACUUGAAAUCAAGUUGCUCUUACCGAGGAUCCAUUCCUAAUUUGGAGUGAAGUCAAUAGAGAUUGUUCAUGUCAGGAUUUUCUCUUGGCUAAGAGGACAUGACCGUUUUCCCCCUGUUCCAUAGCUGCAAAGAACAGUAUGGGGAACUUUGCUGCUGUACAACCUGCUGUGAUUUUUAAGCAGGGGCAAUGCUGUGUUCUUAUGUAUUUUCACUUUGUUUCUAUGUUGAUACAUCAUAUGUUCUCUUUCUGAUACUUAGUUUUAUAUAUACACCGUAUAUAAAUAUAUAUUACCUAUUUUUCUAUAUUUAUGUCUUACUAUCCUGGAAGUGGUGUGAUUAUGUAAUCAUUCUUAAUCAGUCAAAUUAUGUUAAUGCCGACCUUUUUCUGAUAGAUGUAUUCACAUUUACAAUGAGAAAACUAUUCAUUCAUAACUUAAGUCUUCUUUGUUAGUAUUUAUACCCAAUGAAUAACUAUUCUCAGCACAUUUACUAUUAUUGGACCGACCAUGACUAGGGUUACAUACAGGCUGCAGCUAAUUAUCUGUAAGAGUCAAGAGUUAACAGUUUAAUACAAUAAAUGACAUUUUAACUGCAGGUUCUCACUGUUAGUAAAGAGCACAUGCAUCUUUCAUUUUACUUGAUUGACUUCAGAACUUGUAAAUCUGUUAUAUUUUUAAACAACACCAAUUUAAAUGUAAUUAAGUGAGAGGUUCGGAAUCAAACUAUGAAAAAUAAAUUCAAAGGCAACAAAUUCUACAUAAUUUCUGGAUCAUUUCGCUGGAAAUGUAUGCCAAAUAUUUACGUUAGCAAACUGAUGCUCUCAAAUAUUUAAAACGUGUACAUAAUUCAACACAAGAGCACAGUGGUCUGAUGUGAUUAGUUAAAAAAUAAAAAUAAAAGCCUAACACUGACCAAAUGUUAAAUACUCGGUUGGGCCUUUCGGGCUCCAUUAGUUUAAGAAGAAAUGAGAAUAUUUUAUUCAAAAAAAAAAAAAGAAAACAUGCUCUUAUUUUAAAGUAUUUGCCAGAAAAUAAUUUCAAAGCUGCUAAAGACUGUCCACCCAGACCUCUUUAUGUUUAAGGUCUGUUUUAAGCCUGAGUCAAGAUUGAGUCAGAGGAAUAAUGAUAUAUAUGUUUACAUAAGUCAUUUUUCAGCAAGUUAUUUUACAAGACAAUACAGCUUGAGGAAUUUUCUGACUAACAUUACAGUGACCUCUUGUGGUAAAGUUUCAAAACGAAAUGCUGUAAAAUGAGGUAUUGUUAAAUUUGAGCACAUUAUUGUAAUUGGUUUGGAGGUUCAUGCUUCAAGGCAGCACACCUUUAAAAUACUCUGAAAAUGUUCAGAUAAUGUAAAAAGUAUACACUUCCGUACCGGGCCAUAAUAAAAGACAAACCUCUCUCCAGGUGAAUCAAAUACUUUUGUUAAAUCCAGUGACAUGUUGCUCUUAGGCUAACGACAAGCAAAUCUUUUCCAGACAUAAUCAUUUACAUUUUCUACAAGCCACUUUUUUUGCUAAAAUAAAAGCAGACCUGCAAAUAAUUUUAGGGAGUUUUAUACAGAAAAGUUGACAAGUUGAAGGCUGAAAAAAGGUAUAAACAUUACCUACCAUGUUUCUUUCUUCCUACAGUUGAAGCGACUGCAGCUUGUUACAGUACCAAGGAGCUGUAAUGGAACAGUUUAAGAUAUUAGUGGUUAUUUUACAUUUUUAUAUGAACCAUAACAAUGCAAAUGUAUGUAUGGAAAUGAGGUUUCUUGUAUAUCUUGACUAGCUAUUCAAGGUUUUAAUUUAAAAAAAACAUGGAUUUGAUUAAAUAAGCUGCCACACACAAGCUUUGCCAGUCCUACAAGCUACAGUAUUUAACUUUAGACAUGUAGAAAGUCAAGUUUUAGUAUUGUUUGUAGAUUGAAGAGGUUUUGACUAAUAAAUUAAAAAAAAAAAAAAGCUCCAUGAUAGAAGGAAUGGAGCAUGUAUACAGUAUGGAUGAUAGGGUUGUGGGUGAAAUACAUUAAGUUUGUUCAACAGCAGCUGUUUCUAUGUUAAGUUUGUAGAGAUUAAAAGGAGUUCCUUGUUCUGGUCUCGUAACAAAAUGUUGAGGCUAAACGAGCACAGUAAUAAGGCAGCAUAAACUGAGUAUGUACCCAUCACGACUUGUCAUAAGUCCGCGCAUAUAUAUUUUAUAUUUAUUUCAUUAAAUGGUUUAAUUUUAUUAAAAAGCAUCUAAAUUAUUUUUUUUAUUUUACAUUCAUUUAUGUACAUGUUUUCUCAAUGAACUACCCUCAUGUACAAAUAAAGUAUAUUUGUUUCUGCUCUCUUUUAAA